UUAGGGGACGGCUGUAUUCCGCACAUCUAGUUCUGGCUGGGCUUAUGGCAAGUCUCAGUCCUCUGGAGUCACCUGAGUGACUGAGGGAUGAGAGGCAUUUCUGAUCCCGUAAUAUACCUACAUGGUUUUGCCAUCUACCGGACUCCAGUUCAAAUCUCAGCUGGCACAGUUACCUUUCACGUGGCCUUGAGCAAAUCUCUCUGAGCUGAACUUUCCUCACCAUAAAUCUGGUAAAAAUCUUUACCUUAAGGAAGUGUGGAUCAAAUGAGAUACCAGGUGGAGCUUAGUGCUCACAGAGUGGAAGCUAAGGUGAUGAAACCCUUGAUUCUCAAGUUCUGUGAUUCCAUGAUGGAGAUCCAUGAGGGCUACCAGAUGGGGAGUAUCAACUAAAAGAAAGCAAUCACGGAGUUCUUCCUGCCUUCUCUGGAGGAUGUAUUCCUAUGAGCUGCCCUGAAUGUUAAAAAUAAUACACCUGCCCCCAAAGUGCCUAGGACGCCUUUGUUUUCCACCUGCUCAUCGUCCAUCGGUUUCUGCAAGUGGACCAGUUACCUGCUCAGGAGCAAACGUUUUCAUCACGAUGCACCCUCUCCCAGGGAUGGGCUCAGCCUGUGCUCUCCCUGCCACAAUGUUGAACAGUGCCAUCUGUCCCUACCCAGCGUCAGCCUCACUCAGAGGGCACAGGCUUGGAGUGUGGGAGGCACGCUCCCAGCUCACUUUGCUUUUCCCGCCCUGGAGGGGAAUCCAGCAUGUCUAACUAGUCUUCUGGCCCCGAGAGGGAGAGGUGGGGAUAGGACCUUCCUUUAGUCCCCUCCCUAGUGGAACGAACGAUUCUUUACGGUCAUCUGUGGGGUUCUUUUCGUAAAGAAGCAUCUGCAGGGUAAGAAGGAAAAAAAUCCACCCUGCAAAUACAUCCCAGGCACAUGCCUCCUGAGAAGUGGCCCCCUCCUCCCUCCGCCGCCCCCGGCACCUCCUCGGGCUUUGCCAGCUUCCUGCUCCUGGGAGCAGGCAGAGAUCCCCGCGUGGGCAGACCCCUGCCACUGGCGUCCAGGCCCCGUCCGAAACUCACGCCCACGUCGGAGGAGACUCUCGGGUAACCACGGUGCUCCCAAGACCCGGAGGGCAAGAAGAAAGAGCCCUGGCAAACAAAGGGCACGGGCCGGGAGCGCCGCAGCCCGGGGCGGGGGCACGGCGACCGCUAGGCCAGGGGGCGCCCGCCCCCAGCACCCCACGCCCGGUGCCAGCGAGCCGAGGCGUGCAUCUCCUUAUAUGGUCAAAUGACACGGAGGGGGUUCUCGAGGGCGGGAGCCGCGCAGCGCUCCACUCGGCAGGCAGCGGAGCCGCAGCCACCAGCCGCCCGCGCCCGCGCGCGCCGUCCGGGAGUCCCCGGGCCGCUGCGGCGCCGUGAGUACCUCCAGCUCCCUGCGCCCCGGAGGGAGGCCGAGGGGCUUAGCCACCAGGACUCGGAAGAGGGGGCCGAAUCCGGUGCGAGACCCGGGGAGAGGGGAGCAGAUCCGGAGUUGGGGAGACCGGGGCUGAAAACUGUGUCUUCCUGGAGACUAGGCUGGCAUUUUGACUUUGGGGUUGCUGAAAAGGCAGGUGUCAAAAUGACUGAGCGCUUUGACUGCCACCAUUGCAAUGAAUCUCUCUUUGGCAAGAAGUACAUCCUGCGGGAGGAGAGCCCCUACUGCGUGGCGUGCUUCGAGACCCUCUUCGCCAACACCUGCGAGGAGUGUGGGAAGCCCAUCGGCUGUGACUGCAAGGACUUGUCCUACAAGGACCGGCACUGGCAUGAAGCCUGUUUCCACUGCUCGCAGUGCAGAAACUCACUGGUGGACAAGCCCUUUGCUGCCAAGGAGGACCAGCUGCUCUGUACAGACUGCUAUUCCAACGAGUACUCAUCCAAGUGCCAGGAAUGCAAGAAGACCAUCAUGCCAGGUACCCGCAAGAUGGAGUACAAGGGCAGCAGCUGGCAUGAGACCUGCUUCAUCUGCCACCGCUGCCAGCAGCCAAUUGGAACCAAGAGUUUCAUCCCCAAAGACAAUCAGAAUUUCUGUGUGCCCUGCUAUGAGAAACAACAUGCCAUGCAGUGCGUUCAGUGCAAAAAGCCCAUCACCACGGGAGGGGUCACUUACCGGGAGCAGCCCUGGCACAAGGAGUGCUUUGUGUGCACCGCCUGCAGGAAGCAGCUGUCUGGGCAGCGCUUCACGGCUCGCGAUGACUUUGCCUACUGCCUGAACUGCUUCUGUGACUUGUAUGCCAAGAAGUGUGCUGGGUGUACCAACCCCAUCAGCGGACUUGGCGGCACAAAAUACAUCUCCUUUGAGGAACGGCAGUGGCAUAACGACUGCUUUAACUGUAAGAAGUGCUCCCUCUCACUGGUGGGGCGUGGCUUCCUCACAGAGAGGGAUGACAUCCUGUGCCCCGACUGUGGGAAAGACAUCUGAAGUCAACACGGAGAAGUUGCUGCUUGUGAUCUCACACACAGAUUUUUAUGUUUUCUUUCUCACCCAGGCAAUCUUGCCUUCUGGUUUCUUCCAGGCACAUCGAGACUUUCUUCUAGUGCUUUUCAGUGAUACUCACGUUUGCUUCAACCCUUUAGUGCUUUGUGCUAGUUCAGUCCCAGGGAAAGAGAAAACUCGCCCUAGGCCCUAGGUGGGAAGAUGGUUUGAAAUUUUUGUAAUCGAGUAAGGCACACCCAAAUGUAAAAAUCCUUUUGAAUGAUGUCUUUAUAAAUCUUUCUCUCACUGCCUAUUUAAGUGCAAUUAAUGUAUGCCACGAACUUGAAAGUUUUCUAAACUCAGUAAGGUAAUGACCAAUUGGUAUUUACAGCUCUGUAACUUCCUGUUGUGUCAAGUCUAAACCAAGAUUAUGUGACUUGCAAUAAAGUUAUUCAGAACAAAA